AUGGAAACUGAUGGGAAGUAUAUGCGGAGCACUGGAACAAAAUCAAAAGCGAAGAAAACAAGUUUCGCAGACCGUGUACUUGUCGAGAUCAUCAAUGGCGUCAUGGUGGAUCUGAAUGCUCACUGCAAAUCUAAAGACGAUGAUCUUGGUCUUCAAAAGCUCCGCGGUGAUAGCCCCAUUGGCAUUUUUCGUUUCAGCUUUGUUCCAAAUAUAUGGGGGACGACACUAUAUCACUGCAGCUUUGCCUGGAAGCAAGAAUCUCACCAUUUUGAUAUAUUUGUUUCGAAAAGAGAUGAAGGAAAAUGUCGUAGUUGCUCAUGGGUUAUACUUGCUGACAAGCCAUGCAGGUUCAAUGAUACGUCUCAUCAAUUCGACAUUUGCUAUCCAUGGAAAGACCCUGUUUCCCUUCACAAUUAUAUUCAUAUAUAG